AUGAAAGAUAGCGCAAUAUUAAAUCAAUUAAAAGUUGUUUUACCACCACAUAUAAUGGAAAUAAUAUACUUUAGAUAUAAUCAAAUUGAUACAUAUUUAAAACCAUAUAAUUUACCAAUUAAAACAGAUGUUUUACUAUUGGCUUUAUUUACAUUAAUUUUUAUCAUUAUAAUUUCAAAGUUAUUUGGAAGUAGUGGUAAUAAAACUAGAAGUGUUGGAGGUAGAACAAGUAAUGAUAAAAAAGUUAAGAGAGGAGUUAAUAUAGCUAUAUUAGGACUUUCAAAUGCAGGUAAAACAGCAUUACUUUUAAAUUUAACAAAUGUUGAUAAGAAAAUUUCAACACACACAAGUAUAACAACAAACAAUGGUGUAUAUAUCACUGAAAAUAAAAAGAAAUUACCAAUUAUCGAUGUACCAGGUAAUGGAAAGGCAAAAGCAUCAUUACCAAAAAUUCUUUCAAAUUCUGCUUGUAUUAUUUAUGUAAUUGAUGGUACAACUUUUAUUGAUAACUCAACCCAGGAAGCUCAGUAUUUAUAUGAUAUUUUAACAAAUGAAUCAGUUUAUCAAAAGAAGAUACCAGUUUUAGUAUUUAAUAAUAAAAUGGAUUUAGAUUCAACAAUUGAUACAGAACAAGUUAAAAAUAUUUUAGAGAGAGAAUUGGAUGAUUUAAGAAGAACUCGUGGUGCAACACCAAUAGUUUUAGGUCAAGAGGAGGAUAAAAAAGAUAUUUAUUUGGGUAUUGAAGGUACACCAUUCCAAUUUGAUCACCUCCCAAAUGACGUUCAAUUCUCUAAUGGUUCCGCUUCACCUUCAAAUGGUGAAUUAAAAGAGAUUGAUGAUAUUAAAAAUUUCAUUCAAACUACAACUCUUUAA